AUGGCCUGCACAACUGCACCAAAAGAGAGGUGCUCUCAUUGGGACAUGAUGCCAGUGGAAAAUAGCUGUGUGGGCAAAACCACCAAGUGUGCUCUUGCUGGGACCAAUUUCCCCCCUAUUGUUGUCACUCUUCUACCAGGCCUUGCAUUUUUCAAGCCCAAGGAUGUCCAGUACUUUGCCAAGAUCCUCAAGGAGAAGGAUGAGACACAGCAUUCAAACAGCACCCUUCCUGUCCAUAAGACAGCCAUUUGCCAGAUUAUGGACAAAGCUUUGGACACCAAUAUUUAUGGAGAUUACUCUGAGAAAAUGGCCCAGAUGGACCAGGAGGAUAGUGUCAUGAAUUGUGGUAGAAGAGGGAGCCUUGAUGGUCCCAAUUCAUUGUUUGGCAUUGUUUACCAUGUGAUAUAUUACAUAAGCAUUAGACAUGGCCUGGGAAAGUGGGUCUAUUCAGCCUGGGGAAAACCCAGGUUCACCCUGGAAAGGGGUCUACUUAGCCUAUGGGAAGCCCCUGUUCUUCCCAGAAAGCAGGUCUAUUUAGCCUGGGGAAAGCCCAGAUUCACCUGGAAAGCAGGUCUAUUGAGCCUGGGGAAAGCCCAGGUUCAACCAGGAAAGGGGGUCUAUUUAGCCUGGAGAAAGCCCAAUGUGGACCCCAGCUACCCUUUUAUUUGA